CUUCCCAGGCAGCGAAGGGCUUGAGGCUGAAGCCGCGAUCGUUCACGCCCUGCCCCCCCAAAAAAGCCUUGUGUCAAUGGGAGGAGAGAGCGUGGGAGAGAUCGCGGCGCGUCAGAAUCGCACCCUGGUUAAGCAGAGGGAGACGCACCGAGUCUAACCAAACGCUGAGAGCCCCCUGCAAAGCCGAAAGGGGCCUAUGAACCAGGAGCCGAUUUAAAACAAAGUGCAGGAGGACGAGGAGAAGGAUUUGCUUGUUUUAUUAUUUAGGGGCAAGAGCGUACGUACGCCCUCUUUGGUAUUUCGGAUCAAUUUCCGAGGGGCUUCCCACCCGUUGUAAUUUCAGAUCAAUUUCGGCUGCAGUUUAAUUUGGGGGAAGCUUUACUGAUUUUCAACACACACACACACAAACACAAGAGCCCAGCCCUGCAAAGGGAAGAGAAAGUGGCGACUGUCAACCAUGAGAGAAUAUAAAGUGGUCGUUUUAGGCAGCGGGGGUGUUGGAAAAUCUGCCCUAACCGUGCAAUUCGUCACAGGAUCUUUCAUUGAGAAGUACGACCCGACCAUUGAGGAUUUUUACAGGAAGGAGAUCGAGGUGGACUCGUCGCCCUCGGUGUUGGAGAUAUUGGACACGGCCGGCACCGAGCAGUUCGCCUCCAUGCGGGACCUGUACAUCAAGAACGGGCAGGGCUUCAUCCUGGUUUAUAGCCUGGUCAACCAGCAGUCCUUCCAGGACAUAAGACCCAUGAGGGACCAGAUCAUCCGAGUGAAGAGAUACGAGAGAGUGCCCUUGCUGCUGGUGGGCAAUAAGGUGGACUUGGAAGGGGAGCGAGAGGUGACUUACGGAGAGGGGAGAGCUUUGGCCGAUGAAUGGAACUGCCCGUUUAUGGAAACCUCGGCCAAGAAUAAAAUCUCAGUGGACGAACUGUUUGCAGAGAUCGUUCGGCAGAUGAACUAUGUAGCCCAGCCUAAUGGAGAUGACCAAUGUUGUUCCUCGUGCGUGCUGCUGUGAUAGAUUUCUAUAUAAAUAUAUAUUAUACAUUAUAAAACGAAGGCACAGAAUUUCUAUGCAAAGUUGGAGAUGUGGAUAUGUGGAAGUCCAUAAACAAUGUGGCGUCCAGCUAACUUAUGGAGACUGUAUAACAGAGGCCACCAAUUAUUGGACUGCCUCCAUCGUGACAACAGUUCUGAUGGUGGGGUUAGGGGAAGCAGGAAGUACUUUUUUUUUCUGUUGAACUGCUGUAAUGUCUAUUUUUCUGUUGCCUGCUCUUGCCCCUCCUCUCUCCAUGUCCCCACCCCAGUAAAAAGAAGCGAUGGAGGGGCUGAGGGGGAAGAAAGGCAGAGCAAGUAUAUUUAAAAGUGUGUGUUUGGGGAAGGGAAAGUGACAAUGGUAUUUUUUCCAACUGUGAGCUGUGAAUGCAACACAACAACCAUAGACUUGUACAAACAAGGGGCAAGGGAUGGGGGUUUUUAUUUUUUUUGGCGGGGGGGGGGGGGGGGGGGGGGGAGGGGGAAAGUGGGUGGGGAGGGAAUGAUAUGGAUGAACAGCAAAAAGCCCGGAGGUUUCGGGCAAUGACUGACUUCUCUGCUGUGGUCCAUUGAUCCACUGGUGAUAGGCCAACAUACCCUUGUGUUUAGUGCCUUUGAGACUGCUGUCAAUUCUGUAUGUGCCAAUUUGUUAAAACCUCCACACUACUUAAACGAAAGUACCAGGUCCACCACCUAUUUUACGGCAACUGGUGGUCCGGCAUCUCCUUUAAUCUGGACAAAAUAAUCAGAGUGCACUUGAAACCCCCACGACUGACUUUACGGGGCCGGUAUCUUAGCACCCCCGAGGCUGUGACCUCUCUUGGUCCAGCAAAACGGAUAAUCCGGUAAGGCUCUGGAAACCAAGGGUGCCGAAAAAUCAGUGUUGGACCUGUACUGAAAUGUUCCUUCAAGCAUUCCCACACAAAGCAUGGCAAGAUUCAGUGAGCCUUUUCUUGGCCAAAUCCAUAGACCUUUUUGUCUUGAUCUCUCGCUUUUGCCUACAUUCAAGAAGCCAUCUUUUUUCUCUUGUUUCCAAAGGAACUGCCUGCCCACAGUUCGAUAUUCCAUGUACGAAUCUAAUCCCCUCCCCACCCUCCCGGCAAUGACAGGGAAGGGAGAGGGAGGUCGGGUGGGAAAAGGGAUGGGACACUGGAAUCUUGAUUUGGUGCAUCAAGGAAUUCUAACAUCCUCUGUAUGUUACAAAAUCAGACGUGCAUUUAAUAGCUGUCUGCCUGUUCCAAGACUUUUAAUACAAAAUGCAUUUUUAUAUAUAAAAAACAAACAAAAUGAUA